CAGAGAGAGAAGCGAGAAGGUUGUGUCAGCAGCCUGUGUAGAGUUAGCUAGCAUGCACGAACAACUUCAGUAAAUGGCGCGUUUUAAACGGAUUUUAUUUCAUCCGCUGCUGUUCCUCGCAGUGUUUUUACCAGGUGUUUUGUGUUUUAGUGAGUUAUUUUUCGUUAAGGAGCCCCGGGAUGUGACGGUCCUGCGUAAGGAUGUAGUGAUUAUGGACUGCCAGGCUCAGGGCGAGCUUCCAAUCCGGAUCCGUUGGCUAAAAAACGGAUCUCCCGUCGUCGAGUCGGACCGCGUCUACCAACUUUCCAACGGAUCGCUCUUCAUCUCUGAGACCGAGAGCCGAAAAGGAGAGAAAUCAGACGAAGGAUUGUACCAGUGCCUUGCUCAGAACAAAUACGGAGCUAUACUGAGCCAGAAAGCUCGCCUGACUAUCGCAACUAUUUCGACAUUCACACAGCAGCCUUCCUCCAUAGUAGUGACGGAGGGUUCGGUCGCACGCUUCACCUGCAGAAUCAGUGCCGUACCUCCACCAAUCAUCACCUGGGAGUUCAACCGAGUCACCUUACCGCUGGCCACCGACAGAAUCACGGUGCUGCCCGGCGGAGUGCUGCAAAUCCAGGGAGUAGACCAAAGGGACGCUGGGAAUUAUCGCUGCGUGGCCGCAAACAUCGCCAGCCGUCGGAGGAGCGUGGAGGCAAAGCUAACAGUAACGCCAGCUCCUCAUCCCAGAAUUCCCCAGCGCCCGCGCAUCAUCGCCGGGCCACAGAACCUCACCGUGGCGACUCACGCCAGCGCUCUCCUGGAGUGCGUCGCAGUGGGGAAUCCUCGGCCACUGAUCUCGUGGAGCCGCGCCGACCACAAGCCCAUCGACGUCUAUAACACCAAAGUGCUCGGCAACGGCAACUUGCUCAUCUCCGACGUAAAGAGGCAGCACGCGGGUGUGUACGUGUGUCGAGCUACCACGCCCGGCACCAGGAACUUCACGCUCGCCACUGCUAACAUCACUGUGCUAGAACCCCCGUCUCUGGUGGAGUGGCCCGAGAGUCUGACCCGACCACGUGCCGGAACCGGGCGCUUCGUGUGCCAGGCCGAGGGGAUGCCCACUCCACGCAUCACCUGGCUUAAAAACGGAGAGCAGGUGCACUCCAACGGACGCAUCAAGAUGUACAACAGUAAACUGGUGAUAAACCAGAUUAUCCCGGAGGACGACGCGAUUUACCAGUGCCAAGCCGAGAACGAGCUGGGAUCGGUUCUGUCCACGGCUCGUCUCAUCGUGGUGAUGUCAGAGGACCGGCCCAGCGCGCCCAGGAACAUCCACGCCGACACCGUGUCCAGCUCGGCCAUCCUACUGGCAUGGGAGAGACCAGCGUACAACGCGGACAAAGUCAUCGCCUACUCCAUCCACUACAUGAAAGCAGAAGGUCUCAAUAACGAAGAGUACCAGGUUGUCAUCGGCAACGACACCACCCGAUACAUCGUGGACGACCUGGAGCCGGCACAGAACUACACCUUCUACAUCGUAGCCUACAUGCCUAUGGGGGCCAGCCGCAUGUCUGACCACGUCGUCCAACACACUCUCGAGGACGUUCCUCUGCGUGCCCCAGAGCUCUCCCUCACCAGCCGCAGUCCCACGGAUAUCCAGGUGUCAUGGCUUCCGUUGGCACUGAAGCUGAGCCGUGGUCGCGUGUCAGCGUAUCGCCUGUGGUACCGUGUCGGCACUGAAGGAGCCACCAUGCAGUUGGAGCUGCCCGGAGAACAAACCCAGCACCUGCUGGAGGGCCUGCAGCCCGAUACCGUCUACCUUCUAAAGAUCGCUGCCUCCACCAGCAUGGGCUGGGGCGAGCCGUGUGCCUGGACCUCACACAGGACCCCCAAGACCUCCAGCAGAGAAGUGCCCCUGGCGCCGGAGCUACAGUUGGAGCCCUUGAACUGUACGACUCUUGUGGUACGUUGGCGUUUAGCUCCGGGCAGUUCUGUAGCCGGCCUUCAGGGAUUCAGACUCUUCUACCAUGAGGAGAGCCAGUCCGAGAGCCCGCCCCUCCAGAUACCACCUCACAUCAACCGCCACACCAUCGGAGGCCUCGACCCCAGGAAGAAAUACCACGUGAAGCUCCUGGCCUUCAGCUUCGCGGGCGAGGGUUACCAGGCUGAUCGCACCAUCAGCACACCGGGAUGCGUCUCGGUGCGUGAUCGUUUGGUUCCUCCUCCUCCUCCACCACAUCACGUGUUUGCUCGAGCCAACAGCUCCUCCUCCGUCUUCCUGCACUGGGCUCAACCCGCCUUCACCAUCGCACAGACCGUCAACUACACGGUGCGCUGCAACCCCGUCAGCCUCCAGAACGCCUCGCUCGUCCUCUACCUACAGACCGGGGCUCAGAGUCUGCUCGUGAAGGACCUGCAGCCCAACACACGCUACGAGUUUGCGGUGCGUCUGCAUGUGGAUCAGCUGUCCAGUCCCUGGAGUCCCGUGGUGUAUCAGAGCACGCUGCCGGACGUCCCAGAUCUGCCUCCUGCAGGAGUCAAGGUCACUCUGAUCGAAGGAGACACGGCUCUGGUGUCAUGGAAGGCUCCGGACGGGCCGAACGUGGCCGUGACCCGAUACACCAUCCUGUACGCAUCACGCAAAGCCUGGCUCGCGGGUGAAUGGCAGAUCCUGCAGAGAGAGGGAAGCAUCACCAUGGCUCUGCUGGAGAACCUGCAGCCAGGUAACGUGUACCUGGUGAAAGUGUCAGCAUCCAAUCAGAUGGGAGACGGACCCUUCUCACCUGCUGUGGAACUGACCGUCAGCGCUGGACACACCCAUCGCUCUCACAGCUCCGCCCAUGCCACAGUGUUUUCAGAUCUGGACCAGCACUCGAUGGCAGGUAUUAUCGUGGGUGUGUGUAUUGCUCUCACGUGCAUCAUCAUCUGUGCCUUUAUCCUGGUGUGUCGAGAGAAAGCCAAGAAAUCCUGCACCAUCAAAGUCAUCAGGCCUGGACAAGGUCAAGCUCCGCCCACUACAGCUCACAUGGCCAAUGAAAAUCAAGCAGAGAGUGCACAUGUCCUGGUGCCCAUGAUGAGAGAACACUUUAUUGACACAAAGGGUGGGACGGAUUUGAUCAUAAACAGUUACGGUCCGGUCAGAGACUCGGCCCAGAGGAAGAAGUGGAGUUUGUUCCGGAAAAACGAGAAGCAGGUGAAGAAGUCUCCCGUCUCUCCCUCCAUGUACCGGAUGGGUUCGACUCUGCUCCGUUACUCCAUCGAGUCUCCAGGAAGUCCGUCGCUGCAGCAGCCCUCGUCCCUGCACACCCUGCUUGGGCCACCGGGGGGCGACAGCGAGGGCUCACACUCCAGCGAGGGCAGCCACGAGACUGGCGAUUCUGGACGCUACUCACAUGACGAACACGACCUCGCCAACCUGUCGGGGUGUAGUCCAAGUCCUGAUCACAUGACCGAGGAACAUGCGCUGCAUCUCGCCAUCGAGCUACAGGAAGUGACAUCACCGUCUACCAGUCAGGACUCAUAGCUCCAAGCCUUUACUCAGUGAAAGAGAGGGAGAGAGAGAGAGAGAAACUCACCCACCAUGAAUGUUUUAAAGAUUUUGUCCACAUGAUGUGAAGUGUGAUAUCAGACGUUAUUUAAGCGAGCGUAUCACUGGAGAAGGAUUACAUUAAUCACAGCCGAAAAAAUCAAACAAAACAAACAAAAACAAAACAAUCGAGUUUAAAAGUUUUGGGCUGUUUAAGAGAACUCACCGGAGUUCCCUAAUCCUAACUGGUGGCCCCCCACCACCACUUCCCUCCAAAUUUAUAUAUUUAAUAGCAACUUAUACAAAAAAAUGUGCGAGGGGGUUUUCCUCAUCGUCACGACAACAGAUACUUCCUGAUAGCAAUAAUGUUGCUCUUGUGUGUUCUUCGUCUUGUCUGUGUGUCUGUCUGUUUGUCUGCCUCUCUAUCUGUUCUGUAAGUCUGUCUGUGUGUCUGUCUGUCUCUCAUUGGGGAUUGUAAGGACCUCUUGACUUUUCCGUUCCUUUUCCUUCUACCUCAAAGUUAUCGGAUGUUUAAACUUUGUGCUUUUUCGUGUUUUUAUAUUUCCAGGUCCUUCAGUUCCCGUCUUAAACUACCUCGUUUUUAAGUGUUAUCAUUAUUAAGUGUUACUUUUUUUUUUUUUCCUCGACUCAGGGACUCAAGGUGUUAGUACGUUGGUAGAACCGCGGCGUGGCAUGACGUGACGUGACGUGCAGAGCGCACGGUUUGAUUGACAGGGUAUCCUCGCUGAGCUCGCGCUCGGCUUUAUUUCUUACCGCUGACCUCUUUUGAAUGUGUGUACAGUAAUAUUUUCAGUAUUGUUUUUGUCUUUCUAAAUGGAGAUGAUCCUCCACGUCUGCGCUAGUACGCUUUUAUUUUAUACUUCUUUUUUUUUUUCGUUCAUUCUGAUUUCAUUUCACACAGCAAACCUUAAAGGAUUCACUCGAACCCUAAAACACUUACUGAAGGUUUUAGGAUUUGGGGUGAAUUAUUACUUUUUUAAAUAAAUAAAUCAAUGGCCUUAAGAUGGAGAGUGAGGAGUGAGAGAAAGAGAUUAUUUCUAUAGAAAAGAAGAGAGUGAUGUAAAGAAUGACAGAAACACACAAAAAAAAACAAAAAACAAUUUAAUCUCGAAUGUGGAUGCCCCCCCCCCUCAGCGUAUAUGUAUAUGUACUACUGAGUACUGAUUUCUAGUUUGGACUUUAAUAGAGUUGCUGUAGUAGCUGUAGAUUUUGUGAGUUUAGCACUUGUCUUUUCAGAUGGCUUUAUAGUCGUUGUGUAGAUGGAACUCAACGGUGCAACGGUGACAGACGCCAUCAUCUUAAGAGCUGUUUGCUGUUUUAUCUUAUUUUAUUUUCUUUAUUUGUCUCUUUUUUGCUGCUCACUGGGACCGUGUGAUGAUGACAAUGAGUUUUCCUAAAAAGAAAAAAAAAAACAGACCAAAGACGAGCGUCCCAGUGAUGAGUGAAGCGCCUGUCCAGACCGAACAAAUCUCCUCAACUCAGACCAGGCAUCUGGAAUCUGUGAUCUCGAACAGGUUUAACGGUCUCCUGCAUCACCCACGAUGCUGCUCUGCUUCAUCUCUACCUAAAGAGAAGAACUGAGGGCAUGAAGCCUUUAUUAUCUCAACACAUACAUAACGGCACAGUGAAAUACUUUUCUUCACAUAUCCCAGCUGAGGAAGUUGGGGUCAGAGUGCAGGGGCAGUUAUGAUACAGCACCCCUGGAGCAGAGAGGGUUAAAGACCUUGCUCAGUUGCCUAACAGUGGAGCUUGAACCCUGAUCCUCCUGAUCAACAACCCAGAGCCUUAACCUCUUGAGCCACCACUGCCCUGAGAGCGAUGAUGCGGCGGCGCUUUAGUCUUUUAGUCUGUCCGGCUUUCUGACUUGUACACUCCGCUUUCUCAUAUGAUUGUUCUGAGAUCGCUUGACUAGCUUCAUUGCAUUCUGGGAGUCCAGAGCUUUGUGUACAGCGCUACAACCUCUGACAUCACAGGAAUAACACAAACCGCUACGAGAAACAUCACAAUCACUAAGCAGAAAAAAUUAUUAUUGAAGUAUUUAAUGUGUUUCAUAGUGCAGUCUUCACUUAAUUUAGUUUAUAGCAUCUGGAAAUGCGCUACAAUCUAAAGCGCCGCCUCAUCGUCCCUCUCUUUACAUAGAGAUGGAAACCGUUAACUAAAAUUUAACCUGUUUGAGAAGAAUCGCAAUGAAUCACGCAGACUUACUGAGGCUUCACUUCAGAGUGACCUCACGGACAGCGCAGAAUAAAAUAACGGAUUUUAGCUUGACUAGGUAAACACUCGUCUUCAUCUUAAUCAGAUCCCUCGUCCGAUUAGAGAGUAAACUCCUCCUCUCGAGCAGUGGCGAGAAUUCACACGAUUCCUGAUCGAACGUAACUUAAGCUCCGCCCCUUGCUGACGCUCCUGUCACUCAGCACAUAUGAGCAGAUUCUUCACUUCCAAAUCAGCAGAACUGAUGAAGAUUCAGGAUUCCGUCAUGUCCGGUCUCCACUCACUGUUUAUUUACACUAAACUAAUUAUAAGUGAAAUCCGAGAUGAGAUGAGUGGGUUUGUUGGGCGUGGCAGGGUGAGUGGGUUUGUUGGGCGUGGCAGGGUGAGUGGGUUUGUUGGGCGUGGCAGGGUGAGUGGGUUUGUUGGGGUCUGGCAGUGAAACAGGCAUCAGGAUGCUGCUUAUCUUUGUUUUUUUUUGUUUUUUUUAUUUUGAGAUGCGGGCAAUCUCAGCACUCCUGUGGUGUAGGGGCUGCGAUACAAAUCAAAAAAACCCUUUCUGGAUUUCAUGCACAGGGUUAAAUUAAUAACGAACAGAUCAAUCAUCAGUUUCCUUUCCAUGUAGCCUGUGUGUGUGUGUGUGUGUGUGUGUGUGUGUGUGUGUGUGUGUGUGUGUGUGUGUGGUUUACAGAGCGGGAAUUCUGUUUAGAUAUUUAGGAAUAACAUAAAGGGUUGGAUGGAUGGAAUGAUGGAUAGAUUGUAGAUGGAUGGAUGUAUUAGAUAGAUAGAUAGAUAGAUAGAUAGAUAGAUAGAUAGAUAGAUGGAUGGAUGGAUAAAUUAAUGGAUAGAUCAAUGGAUGGAUAGAUAAAUUGAUAGAAAGAUUCAUAGAUGGAUUGAAAUAUGGAUAGAUUGAUGGAUGGAUAAAUGGUUGGAUAGAUGGUUUGAUUGAUCGAUCGAUGGAUAGAUAGAUUGAUGGUUGGAUGAACGGAUAGAAAGAUGGAUGGAUGGAGGCGUGUCUCUGGUACAGAUCAGAUCAGAGAAGAUGGAAUGUUUGGGUGAAAUUCUACAAUCAGAGGAGAAUCUGUUCUCUCCAUCCUGGAGAGCCGGAGACACAAUCAGUUCAUUUCAACAGCAAACAACCUUAAUACCAAAGAAUGUGGUCACCGUUGCACCCGGAUCUUAUAACCUUAUACGCCUGACCUUUUUCCUAAAUAUUUUUUGCAUGAUAUUUUAUAAAUGGAAUCGUUCCUCUGCUGAGCUUGUCGUCAAUCCGUUCAGACAAAAAAAACCAAAGAUAACAUUUAAAAAAAAAUCAAAUGUUUUUCUCACUGGAGGAGAAAUUUAUAUUUUAUUAAAAUUCAUUAAAAAAAUAAAUAAAAGACACGAUUUUGAGGAUAAAAAAUCGAAAUACUACAAGAAAAA